AUGCUAUUUGCUGUGGAAGAAGGAAAUAGAGAUCCCAGCUUCUUGCCCAAUGUCACAGUGGGAUUCCAGCUCUAUGACUCCUGUGUGUCUGCCACCCGGGCUCUUGGAAGCACUCUGGGCCUUCUGUCUGGACAGCUCCUCCCAGUGCCCAACUUUGAUUGCUACCCCCAGCACCGAAUCCUGGGAAUCAUAGGUGGGAUGACUUCCCCGGAAUCGGAGGCCAUGGCUCACCUGCUCCUUGUUUACCAAGUCCCUCAGAUAAGUCAUGGAUCUCAACAUCCCCAAUUUUCUGACCACCACCGGUUCCCUUCCUUCCUCCGAACAGUCCCCAGCAGAGCCCACCAACCUCAGGCCAUGGCCAAGAUACUUCUCUACUUCAACUGGACCUGGGUGGGCCUGGUGGGCUCAGAUAGUGGUGCCUUUGAGUGGCUGGAUCAGGAAUUCCGGAAGGCAAUUGGAAAGAAUGGAGGCUGUGUGAGCUUCUCAAAGAGGAUCGAUGGCCAUGUCAACAAUGUGGGUGAUGUGGCUGAUGCCAUCCAAGACUCCACUGCCAAGGUGAUCGUCUGUGACUGCUACCACAUUCACUUCAUUCUCCUUGCCAAAGCUCUUCAGAAGAAGAACAUGACCAACAGGAUCUGGCUCAUGUCCACUUCUUUUUCACCAGACGCCUCAGUGUUGAGCAGGGAGGCCAGAGAGAUGCUCAAUGGGGGCCUGUUUCUGAGGAUACACUCAGGACCAGUGCCUGGCCUUGAGCACUUCCUGUCUACUCUGCACCCAGCCAAGUACCCGGACAACCACCUGAUAAAGUUGUUCUGGCAAGAGCUGUUGGGCUGCACCUGGCCUGGGCUAAAGGCUGGUGGUCCUCGAGCAGGAUAUGUUUCCCCUAACUGCACUGGGCUGGAGCAGCUGACACCUACCCAUCUGUCUGUACUGAACCUGGACUUAACUGCCACGUACCAAGCCUACCUGGCAGCCAAAGCUUUCCUGGUGGCCUAUCAGAAUCUGAGGGCCUGCUCUCCUGGGCAGGGACCAUUUACUGGCAGCAGUUGUGCCAGGACAGGAGAUGUCAGGCCAUGGCAGCUUUUGCAAUAUCUAAGGUCUGUUCACUUCACUACUCAAGCCCAGGAAGAGAUCUUCUUUACUGAGGAAGGGGAGAUCCCAGCAAUUUUUGAUGUUGUAAGCAUAUACCUUGCUCCUGACCACACUUUGCGGACCACCAAGGUUGGACACUUAGACUUCAGGGAACCUUCAGGGAAAGAGCUGGUGAUAAACAGUAGCAUCAUCAUUUGGGCAGAGGGUCCUGGGAAGGCUCCUCUUUCAGUCUGUAGUAAAACAUGUCCUUUGGGAACCCGGAAGUCAGCCAUCCAGGGGCAACCAAGCUGCUGCUUCCAGUGUCUACACUGUCCAAAGGGAGAAAUAGCCUAUAUACCAGACAGUGCCAGUUGUCUGAAGUGCCCAGAGGACCAAUGGCCAAACACUGGAAAGGAUCAGUGCAUCCCCAAGAUUCUUGACUUCCUCUCCUACAAGGAACCCCUCGGCAUGGCAUUAGCCACCUGUACAUCCUUUCUCUUUCUCCUUGCCCUGACCAUCCUUGGCAUCUUCAUAUGGCAUCACCACAUUCCCAUAGUCAGAGCCAACAACCAAAAACUGAGUUAUAUCCUCCUUUGCUCCUUGGCAUUAUGUUUCCUCUGCCCAUUCAUGUUCAUUGGCCACCCAGUAUCCCUGACCUGUGCCCUGCGCCAGGCAGCUUUUGGGAUUAUCUUCACAGUCUGUGUGUCCACCACUCUGGCCAAGACCAUCACUGUUGUUUCUGCCUUCAGGGCCACUAGACCAGGUGUCAGACUCAGGAAAUCAGGACCAGGUCUCCCCAAUGCCAUCCUUAGCUGUUCAUUGGUCCAGGUUGCUUUAUGUAUGUUCUGGGUCAUAGGCUGGCCUCCAGUGCCCAUGAACUCUACAGAAGCAGGACCCAAAGUCACCAUGCUGUGUGGUGCAGGGUCCUCAGAGCUCUUCUAUGCUAUGCUGAGCUACUUGGGCUUCCUAGCUCUGGUCAGUCUGGUGGUGGCCUUCCUAGCCCGUCAACUGCCUGACACCUUCAAUGAAGCCAAGCACAUCACUCUCAGCAUGUUGGUCUUCUCAUGUGUUUGGAUCUCCUUCAUCCCAGCCCACCUGAGUGCUCAGGGCAAAGACACUGUGGCUGUGGAGAUCUUUGCCAUUUUGGCAUCUGGGACAGGCCUGAUGGUCUGUGUAUUCUUCCCUAAGUGCUAUAUCAUCCUCCUCCGGCCUGAGAAGAACUCAAGGGAUCAGAUGAUGGGCAAGCGUCAUUUCAAGAAAUGA